UUUCCAAGCUCCCGCCAGUUCACAGCUCAUUUCGAAACUCUCAUUUCUGUCUGUUCAUUCGAAGCAAUGGUGGUUGCACAGAAAGUGAAGGAAUCUGAGAUAACGGAGCAGGACUCGCUUCUCCUCACAAGGAAUCUGUUGCGAAUAGCCAUAUUCAAUAUCAGUUACAUCAGAGGCCUUUUCCCUGAGAAAUAUUUCAGUGACAAAUCUGUUCCAGCUUUGGACAUGAAAAUUAAAAAGCUUAUGCCUAUGGAUGCGGAAUCACGGAGACUCAUUGAUUGGAUGGAGAAAGGUGUUUAUGAUGCUUUACAGAAAAAAUAUCUUAAAACACUGCUAUUCUGUGUCUGUGAGGCGGUAGAUGGUCCAAUGAUUGAGGAAUAUUCAUUCUCAUUUAGUUACUCUAGUAGUUCUGACAGUCAAGAGGUUUCAAUGAACAUCAAUCGUAGUGGGACGAAGAAGGGUGGGACUUUCAAACAUAAUUCCACAACAGAAAUAACUCCAAGUCAGAUGAGGAGUUCUGCUUGCAAGAUGGUUCGUACAUUGGUACAACUAAUGAGAACUCUGGAUAAGAUGCCAGAAGAGCGCACUGUUCUGAUGAAGCUCCUGUACUAUGAUGAUGUCACGCCAAUGGAUUAUGAGCCCCCAUUUUUCAGAGGCUGCACAGAUGAGGAACCACACAAUCUAUGGACUAAAGAUCCGUUGAAGAUGGAAGUUGGCAGAGUCAAUAGCAAGUAUUUGGUACUAAAUCUAAAGGUUAAGAGCGUGCUUGAUCCUUGUGAAGAUGAAAAUAACGAUUAUCAAGAUGAUGAAAUCAGCCUGGGAGCUGAGUCUCUCCAAAUAGAUGAAGAUAGUGAAUCCAACAGUGAGAUGAGUAAUUCAGAUGACGAUGAUCAAUACAUUGUAGCACCCGUAGAAAAAAAGCAAUUUCAAGAGGAUAAUGCAGCAGCGGAUGAAGACAAUACACAGGAUCCAGCAGAAGAUGAACACCAAUUGGAGCGGGUGAAGGAAUGGAUUGGUUCUUAUCACCUCGAAACAGUUGACCUCACUGAUGUCCUCUCAAAUUUCCCAGACAUCUCAGUUAUCUUGAUUGAAGAUAUUAUGGACAUGCUCGUGAAGGAAAAUGUUGUAACUAAAGCAACUGGAGAUAGUUAUGUCAUUAACAAGAAAAAGAAUUUCGACUACGAGUUUGAUGUUGUGAAAGAAGAAGCUGAUGUGCAUGCAGUAGGACACGACGGAAAAGCUGGAUGCGUAGAUCACAUGUACAUGAAGGCUUUGUACCAUACUCUUCCAUUGAUGUAUAUAACAGUAGCAAAACUUCAGAACAAACUUGAAGGCGAAGCCAGCCAGGGCACAGUUCGGAAGCUUCUAGACAAAAUGGCAAAAGAUGGCUACGUUGAGGCCACCACUAGCAACCGCAGACUUGGAAAGAGAGUGAUCCAAUCUGACCUCACUAACAAAAAGCUGCUUGAAGUGACAAAGAUCUUAAACUUUGAUGCAAUGGACGUGGAUAAUACCGAAUCAGGCGACAAGUCCACCAACAAUCUAGAAACUGAGACUGCUGCUGGUACCAAGUACAAGGACUUAUCCACGUGCGGUGGUCUCCACUCCAUCGGGUCGGAUAUCACCAGGACAAGAGGCAGAUCAGACGCAAACAUGAAUGACUCAACAGGACUUGGCAGGAAAAUGGGCCGUUCCGGGAGUACCCCAACUAGCAGGGCUGAGCCCGCAGCAUCGAGAGAGAGUUUCGUGCCUGGGGCCGACGAGGGCAGAGGUGGCGACGACAUGGACUUGGUCAUGGAGAGCAAGUCUACUCAGGACAAACGUUUCAGAAAAACAAGCACGGUGAAAGAGCCGAUCCUUCAACACGCAAAGCGCCAGAAAUCUGUGGCUGUGUGAGAAUUUUAGUGCUCUGUUAGUUUUCUAUCAGUUGAUGAUAUAAAAACAUCCUUUAUUAUUUUUAACUUUUCAAGGUACUGCAGCAUGAUUUUUUAAGUGCAUAAUAUAGAUUUGACGAGUGAGAUUCCUCAAUGGGGAUUAAUCAGUUUAGUAAAUUUUGAAAUACUAUUAUGUUUGUAAUUGUGCCGCGAGGAUUCGCCCCCAACACGUUUGCUCCAUUCGUUUCGUUCCAUAUAAUUUUUAGAUGAAAUACAGUAAAUUUUUUGAA